GGCAACCUUGGCCAUGCUGGAUAAAAGAAGCAAAAUGGACACGAUAUGUUCCUGAUAGACGACCGCGAAUGAACGCAAUUCGCAUGGGUCUUCGGGAAGUGUCCAAAGUCCCGAGAUAGCAAUGAAAAGCGCACUCGGCUACGCCCACAAUGCCGCGAGGCACUGGCGAACCAUAUCUGUAACUCCUUUCCUGCCCAAAUCCGCUCAACAAUAUUGAACAAGCUGACAUAUCUAGAUGACCGGCUUGCGGUGAGGGUCUAUCCCCGGGCUGUACGACUGAAGCAGGCCCAAGGGAUGGGUAUGCCUGGUCGGUUACUGAUGCAAAGGCACAUUGAAUGAACACUAGUCUGGCCAUUGGGUCGGUGGGCCUGUACGAUGCAAUAUGCAGAGAUAUCGGUCGGUCGAUCGAGGCCGUCCGUCCUGUUGCAGUGGCAGACGUGACACCGGGCUCUGAGGUAGGCCACCCUCAACGGACUUCGGUGUGGAGCUAGUCCGCUUAUUCUUCCCAUUCAGCGUCCGUCAAUGUCGAAUAAUGCUGCGUCGCUCACUGCGAGGAUUGAGCGUUUAGUACGAGUAAACAACC